AUGAUUUUACAAAUGAUACUUCUUAAUGAUACUGCAAUAAAUUAUGUUGGAAAUUCUAAUUGGAAAAAAGAAAUUGUAGAAACUUUGUCUAAAAUUAACAAUUUUUACACAAAUUCUGAGGAAUGGAUUGAAGGAGAAAAAGAGCAAAUGGAAUCAUUUAAGGCAGAAAUAAAAUUAUUAUUGGAAAUUAGAAUUAAAUAUCCAAUACUUUUUUUACUUUUAUCGGCUUUAAUGAAUAAAUUGCCGGAAGAACGACUAUCAGCUGAAGGAAUUCUUGAUUUUUUGAACUUAAAAUGCAAUAUAAUUAAUUUGCUAUCAUCUAAUGCAACUAGUGGUUUCAUUAGUAUGCUAGAUUUGAAAAAACGAAAUUUAUUUUCCUUCACUGAAGAACAGGGCAAAUUAUUAGAAAAAGGAGAUAAAGAAGAAGAAAAUAUUUCGAAUAAAUAUUAUAAAUUGAGAAUUGCACCUUUAUGUGACAAAAAUUUUUAA